AAUAUAACGUAUACGUCCCAGUUAACCCAUCUCUGCAAAAAAAGUGAAACUAAAAAAAAAGUCUUUUAGUUCAACCAAAAAAAAUAUUCUAUUUUAACUUAAAAUUUUGGUGUUUUUCCUUAUAAUUUUUUUUAUCUACGAAUUAUAUUUCAAUAAAAUUAAAAUAUUCACAACACAUUCGAAUUAUAAUGCUUCUUAAGGAAUUGAUUCGUUUUUCCACCCAACAUCGAACUCUCUAUUGCUAUAUGAUUUUGAGUGUUUGGAUAUUUUUACUUAUAGCAGGGAUGUAUAAAUACAUUGGAAAUAACAAUAAUAUAAGUACUUUGGGCUUCCUCAAUGGCAAACGUAUUUAUAUGACAACUUUGGAGGACGAAGAAGCUACAAAGUUUCGCAAAUACAAACAACGUUGUGCUCCAAUUGACAGAUUGAUUAGAAAGGACGAUGGCGGGAUUUUGGAUGGAUGGAAAUUACAGGGUGUCCUUUUGGUUAUAAGGCAUGGAGAUCGAGGACCAAUGUCUCAUGUGAGAGGGGUUUCGUCAAUUGAUUGUGGUGCUAAAGAUGAUAACCUCUUGAACAAAUAUCGAUCCUUUUUGUAUAACACAACGAGUAGUCCUGCCGGAGCUAAUCACAUGUAUUGGAAUAAAUUGGGACCAUUUCAUGGAUUUGCUUUACUUCCUGCUACGGAAAAAUCCUGCCUCCUGGGACAGCUUACAUACAAAGGCAUAGCCCAACUGUUACAUGUUGGUGAAAUUUUACAUCAAAUCUACGCUCAUCCACUGGGGCUUUUAUUGAAGCCUCAACAAACCAAGUCGUACAUCAUCUCAACCCCACACUCACUGCUGAAUUCGGAUGAAGUUAUACUCUACACAACACGUUACCGUCGAACUUUCCAAUCAGCCAUGGCCUUGUUAUUUCCAUUUCUACCAUCUGACAAAUGGUUGGCUUUGAAUGUUCGAGAAUCUCAUAGCAUGGCAUUUUGUUUUGCUGAUUGUGCCUGCCCGCAAGCCGAAACAUUUCGAAAAAAACUCAACUGGAUGAAUGCAAAUCAUAUCAGUCAGCAUCCAGCUGUUGCUGCUGUAGUUCAAUGGAUCGGUGCAACUUUACUACAACAUACACCGAAUGGCAUUAAUAAUCCAAAUGAAGUUGUCGAUGCAGUUUUGACAGUUUUAUGUCAUGAUGCACCAUUGCCAUGUCGGAAGACAGCUUCGAAUACGUCAAAAAUGGUCACAACCGAACCAACGAAUAUGGACCUCAAUGACGUCAUAAAUAUCGAUCAAGAUGAUACUGCCGCUAAUUUAGUCGAUACACCAAUGUCAAAUGUAGUCAGUGAGGAAACAAAUCAGGGUGGCCAAACUGAAGGUUGCAUCGAACCAAGUCAUGUGGCCGCCCUAAUGUCUUACACAAAUUGGCAAUCAUCGAAAGAAGUCAAUCAUUCGCUGUACAAACAAAUAGGACUUCUUCGAGCUUACGGCAUGAUUCGACACAUGGUCAGUUAUAUGCUGAAAAUGAUUUCAGGUGAUCGGACAAAGUUUGUGUUAUAUUCUGGUCAUGAUUGGACUUUACAAUAUUUGACAGCUGCAUUAGGUAUUAAAACUGAAAGUACAUCGAUUCCAUAUGCAACUCGAUUGACAGUUGAAGUUUAUAAAAGUGACAAGAGUACGGAUUAUUACUUUCGAGUUUUAUAUAACGGAAGAGAUGUCACUCAACAAAUUGACUUUUGUGAGGGAGGUAGAAGUUUACGUGUCACUCGAGAUAGCCGUGGAAAUAAGGCAGAUCUAUGUCCAAUCGAAAAUAUUAUAAGAUUUCUGCACGAGGACUAUUUUGCUCCUUUAAAUGCAACAAACUUUAAAGAUGCUUGUAGUUCACCAAAAUUAAAUGAGUUUUAA